AUGGCAGAGCUCCGCAAACGACAACGCGCUACCUCAAAAAACGCUCAAGAACCAUCCCCAGACGAACUCGAACGGCGCGCGCAGGUCCGUGCUGCUCGCCAACAGAAAAAGGACACUCUCGCUGCGACGCGAGGUCAGGAUUUGGUUGAAAAUGGUGCUUCGAAAGUGGGAGCUGCGGGGAUUGCAGCGCCAGCAAAGACAAUCCCCGCCAGGAUGAUGCUACCCGUCAAAGGCCAUAUCAUCUCACCACCAUCCCGCACGGCUCCACCCCUCAGGACACUUACCAUAAUGACAUACAACAUCCUCGCCCAGUGUCUGUGCAGGAGAGAAUUGUUUCCUUAUUGCAAGAAGGAGCAUCUCAAAUACAAAGCGAGGGUUCCGAGAGUUUUAUAUGAGAUUACUCAGGAUUUGAAGCCGGAUGUCGCCUGUCUGCAGGAGGUCGAUAAUUUUGAUGAGAUGGUUAAACCCGUGUUGGAGAGGGAGGGUUAUGAUUGGGAGUACUUGAGGAAGGUCAAGGAGAAGGAGAACGGUCAUGGAUUGUGUAUCAUUUGGAAGAAGAGCAUCUUCUACAAACACGCCUCCCAGUCCCUCUUCUACGAUACGUCUCCCCUCACACACCCCACCACCCUCACACCCCUCACCAACAACAUCGCACAACUCCUCGCCUUAAAAUUGCAUCGGCCCGCUGGUGGUGUAGGAGGCAUCCUGCUGAGCAACACGCAUCUGUUCUGGAAGCCGUUUUUUAGAUAUGAGCGGUCGAGGCAAGGAUGGGUUUUGAUGGAUGCUGUGGAGAGGUUUAGGAGGGAGCUUGUUGGGGCGGGUGGGAAGUGGCCGGGGUUUGUUUGUGGCGAUUUCAACACACUCCCCAACGAUGGCCUCUACCGCGCACUCACCAAACAGCCGCUGACGGUGCAACAGAUCGCUGACCUCGAACCGCUGACUACAUCAUCACCACCACCAGCAAAUCCAGCACCCGUAUCACCGCCCUCACCCACAUCGCCACCAUCAGAUCCCACGCCAUCCCAAAUCCUCACCAACCUAAGCCAUCUCCCCACCCUCCACAGCGCCUACUCAACCUACCGCGCCAUCCACCCCACCCACCCCGGCUACUCUCCUGUCCUCUCCCCAGAUGCCGCAAACACUGCGGAUCAUGCGAGUGCACAGGUGGAAUGGGACGAACCACCCUACACGAACUACGCAGCCUGGAAAGGCACCUUGGACUAUAUCUUUCUUGUUGGUGAGGGUGGGGGAGGUGCCGAGGAGGGUGCCGGGGGUGAGGGUAUAGGGGAGACAAGGGUGGAGGUAGAGAGUGUCUUGGAGAUUCCGCCGCCGGCGUUACUGGAGCCGGGGUUACCUAAUGAUCAUUUUGGGAGCGACCAUGUUGCGCUUAUGGCAAAGGUCACACUGUAUUGA